UGCAGUCUAGGGGGAACCAUAUCCGGGUGAUCUCUCUCGACUUGAAAACAGCCUUCUUGCUUGCUUUGCUUGUUUGUUAGUUUGGACCUUCACUAAAGUUUCACUGCUAAAUAAUAAGAAUUCACUGAGUAGUCAUCACAUCUAGGACCCGGGUUGACAUUAAAACCCAAACCCGCUAUACUACACUUUAGGAAGUGGUUACACUUGGCCAUUUUCUUGAGUGACGGUAGGAGCGAGUCAAUUUUUUGGCGGCGUUGCCGGGGACAGCUAGGUUGUUGAAGAAACGUGAAUUCUGGUAAUUUAGCUUUUCGUUUUAGCAUUGUUUGCUUUGUCACACUUGUGCCUUCACAGGUUUGCUUGCUUGACUGUAUGCAGGUAGUGCAUGACCCGUAUCCAGUCGGGAGGUUUACUGCCGUUGGAUCCGGAGCUUGAACGCACCUGUCACCAACUUUGGAGACAAAAGCGAGCUAGACUGGCUACGGAGGAGCGCAUAGACGGCCACUUGAGCAGCGAUUCUGAGGAAGAGUAUGAGAUGGAAGGCGAACACAACCCACACCAGGGGAAUCCUCUCCAGGUUCCCCCGGUGAAUCAGAUAUUGGGGAACAACCCCAUACCCCAGGUAGAUGGGGUUCAUCAUCAUCCACUGCCGUCGGGUCCCACCUUGGAGUACUACUACACUCCACGGGUUGCUGAUAUCCGCCUUGUCAUCCUCUACCCGCCCAUUCCAGCGAACAACUUCGAGAUCAAGCCAUGUUGGAUUCAACUCAUUACAUCACCUGUCCAGUUUCAUGGCUUGAAGGAUGAGGAGGCAAGGGUGCACCUGUCCCGUUUCCUGCAGCUGACGAACGGGUUCAAGCUGAACGGUGUCCCUGAUGAUGCAAUCCGCCUUCACCUCUUCCCCCAUUCUCUGGCGGGGCAUGCUAAGAGGAGUUGGAGACCCAGCCCCCAUUGUCCAUCACUUCUUGGGACGAUCUGGCCAACAAGUUCGUGCACAGGUACUAUCCGGCAUCGAAGACUACAAAGAUUCAGCGGGAGAUCACACACUUUCGCCAGGAGCCGGACGAGUCACUUCGUGAUGCAUGGGAGCGGUACAUGGGCUUUUUCUGGCAGUGUCCCCAUCAUGGCUUCAGUGAUGCAUUCACAGUGGGGAACUUCUACAGUGCUCUCUCUCCGGAAAGCAAGCGGGUGAUUGAGUCUCUAUGCCCAGGAGGGGAUAUUCUUACUAAGACCCCACCCGAACUGAACCAGAUGAUCAGUACCUUGGCUGCCAGAGAUCACUCCUGGGGGUAGAGCUACAGAGGCAGGAAUUCCCGGGACCGUGGUGUGCACGCCAUGGAGGCCAGGUCCGGGCUCGAGCAGCAGGUGGCCGAGUUAGUGCAGACAUUGAAGAAGCCCAACAGUCUUAUUCCAGGCAGAGGUUUGGCUACACCUCCAGUUGCUCAAUGUCAGUGGUGUGAGAGCUCAAACCAUAUGGUGGAAGACUGCCAGGCCAUGCAGGAGUCAUCUACACCAUAAGAGCAGUUGGACUUCAUCGCCAAUGCUCGGUGCCUUGAUCCAUACAGUAACACAUACAAUGAGGGGUGGCGCCAGCAUCCCAACUUCUCUUGGAAUGGCAACACCACCAAACCACCUGGUUUCCCAGCACCAACGGGUGGUUUUCAACAGAGCCAGCCUUUCCAGGCCAGACAGGGGCUGCCCCCACAACAGCAGCCUUACCAGCCUAGGCAGGGGCAGCCAUUCCAGCAGCCCCAGCGUCAGUAUGCCCAGCCUCCAGCAGCUGCAGCUCCAGAUAAUCAGAUGACGGAGCUGAAAAAUAGUCUCGCCAAACGAAUUUCACGAGGAUGGAUCAGAACAU